AUGGAUCAGUUCCCAGAGUCAGAAAUGUGCCUGGUCUGCUUCCGCUACCACCCUCUUCGCUUCUGCAAGCAGUUUAAACAGAUGACCGUAAAGCAGAGAAAAUAUGUAGUUCGGGUACAUCGAUACUGCAGUAACUGCUUUGCCCGGACGCAUCUAAUUGGAGGAUGUACGUCAAUGGAAGCCUGCCAGGAGUGUGGAGAUCUCCAUCAUACUAUGUUACAUCCGGAACAAAAUCAACGUCGACAGCAAUCACGUCGUCAACAACAACUACAGCCUCGUCAACAACCACGACUUCAGCAACAACAACCACCAAUUCGUCAACAACAACCACAACUUCGGCAACCGCAACCAACACAACGUCGCCAACAACAACAAACAAGGCGUCGCAGACAACUACAACGUCGUAGUCGACAACAACAAUCACCUCAACGACGUCAUCAACCCCAACGUCGUCGCCAAACAACCACACAACGCAGCCUUCAACAACCGUUACGUCGUCGUCAACGUAACAUACGUAGAAGGACUGGUGCUGCUCCAGAUGCGGCGGUGUAA